UUGUACUGGGCCUGAUCACCUGUUGGAUUCACCUGAGUGGCAGGAAAAGUGAAAUCAGACAGGUUGGUGAGUUGCCAAUGGUAAAGGUGAGGUAGUACAUUGUAUGUACAUGGAGACUCUCUUCAAAACAUCAAAUCAGAACAUGGGGUCGGAGAGUUGAUAUGUGUAAUAUAUAGAUGGAGUUAUAGUGCAUAACUGCAAUCAAAAUGCAUUCCCUGUUCCAUCAAGUGUUGGUUCAGAAGAACCUAUCUAAGGCGGGUGAGUUGUUUUCCCUGGAGGAUCGAUUCAUUAUCAAUGAUUUCGAUGAAGUGAUGACCAAAAUAUUGGACAUUGUCUCCCAGCCGGAUUUUUUGAUCAAUCACAAUGAUCAAAGUUUGGUGGAAAUCUGUAUUACCCGAUUGACUUCGGCCAUCCGUGAGACUCGAACCAUUGAAUCACAUGCUGGUUCCAUGGUCCAACUCCUAGAAUUGUGUCUCAGUUACAACUUGCGUCCUUCAGCUCACGGUUUGGAUCCACCUCACGCCAAAAUCGCCUCUGAUUUGAUGAGCUGCAUAUUCUUGAACUAUUCCAAGCGGAAUGUGAUGGAAUUGGCUCUACCCGUGGCCGUGAAGUUUCUGCACAAGGGCAACAAGGAUUUAUCGCGGAACAUGUCCUCUUAUCUGUCUUUGGCAGCCAUCGAACAUGCCGAGCUCUUGGCACAACACAUUCAACCCAUCAUUGAUUCUGUGAUAUCGGGGAACUACUCUUUGGCACGGGUUCUUCCUACCAUUUACGGAGUGAACAAAAAUCCCAUCAACAACCACGUGAUGACCUUAGUUUCUAUUUUGCACAACUGUGAGAACACAGAGAAGCUGGCCUUGCUCUCCCUCUUCGGCUUGGUGGCCAAGGACAACUCCGCUCUCUUGGAACCGUCUGUCCCACAACUUUGCGAAUCUCUGACGUCACAAACCACCGCGGCGGCCACACUUCAAGUCCUGUACAAUAUUGCCUUGACAAAACCACUUAUUUUGGCGGAUCAUACUCGCCAAUUGAGGGUCACGGCGGAGAAUUUUCCGAAAAGCGCAAUCUCCGCGAUACAAGUUAUGAGCGCCAUCGCCAAAGUCAAGAAGGAAAAGGCUCCCGAGACAAUGGAUUUCAUUACUUCAAUGAUUGGACGCCUGGAGGCUGAGAAGCACUCCAUGGUGUUGAAGGAGAUUAUUGCAUUGACCAAUAAAUAUCCAACCUUGCUGACUUCCAAUCUCAUGAGUAAGUUGACCUCGUUGGAGGAAGGAGCUAGCUCAGCAUCCAGGACUUACAUCCAAGAACUGAGGAAUGAGUUCAACACCCGGUCGCGUGAGAAACUCACCUCCACCACUAUCACUCCCGCCGGUGCUCUAAAUCAUGGAGUAACUAUCGUCAAGGUGGGUGGAGGCUCGAAAUCCGAGUUGUCGAGCCAAGGCCACAAGAUCAUCUACCAGUCAACUCAAGUUCAGGGUCCACUUCCAUCAAAAUUCGACCCUCGCUACACGGUGUCAGGGAGUCGGUCCAAGUUACCCCACACCCAUCGCUCCAUGACAAAGUUAAAUAUGCAAACAAGCUCGUCGGGACCCAAUCCCAUAGGAAGCAGCAAUGUCAUUGCCUCCGGGGGCUUCGACUCAAGAAUGGGUCUUCACAAGUCCAUGACCAAGCUAAGUGCGUCGUCCCAGCAAAACAUGGUUCGCUACAACUCGGGUUCCCAAGUGCUGACCCAACCUAUGGCGAGAUCCAUCACUUGUAUAACCUCUGGCCAAGGGAAACCCAUUUACAGUGCUGGAAUGAGGGGAAGCAUGGCUGGGUCCAACGUAAAUGGGUCGCCCACCAAAUCAAUGUCUUCGGGUUCCAUGUCGGGCGUGGCUGGUGGGACCGCCUUGACGUCGUCUUCGGAUGGGAGGGACAUUCUUACGGUGAAUGUGAAUCAAAUCAAUGCGGAUUUGAUGCGCCAGGUCUCUACCGUUCUGUCACAGCAUCAGGAUAUUACCAAUGGAUUUCCCAAGGUGAACACCUCGAGUUACACCCAUUUAGCUUCUCAAGGCCUCCCAGCUCCACCCACUCAUCCUCAUUCAUUAUCAGCUGUGGCCAACGCGCCAUUUUCUUUGCCCAACAAUUCCAGUCGUCGAGUCCCACCUUACAACAGUGGUCCAUUACCAGUGCCCUCGUCGUCCCAACCUCCCUCUUUAGGAAUUCCUUUGGCCCCAAAUCCGGCGACGACAAGUCAUUACCCAAUCUAUCACCACCAUCAUCAUGGCAAUCAGCCCAAUAACUACCAACCCAAUCCUCGGCCUCAGUCCAUGUUUUCCAACACUUUACCCAGUCCCAGGAGACGGGCAGCCAUGGAAAAACGCGAUGAAGGUGAUCCAAUGAGCACAGGAUCCGUGGAUGAUGGCUUGGGAAAUGGAAAGAGCAAAACUCAGAAUAGAAUGUCCGUAUUCGAGCCUUUUCCCAUGCGCGAUACCGUGCAACAUUUUUGCGAGAAGCAUUUGGACAAGAUCAAAUCGUACAUGACGAGUCUGAUGGCCAAACUGCCACUUCCAGUGAAGUGCACCAUUGAGGAACGCAAAGGGAAGAAGCAUGCCAAGCUUCACUUUGCUUGUCAAGGCAGAGAAGGCGACCAUUGUCUCUACAAAAGCACGUUCUACACACUCAAGACGAGAAACCCCAAGAUCUGGAUUCAUCUCAUGUUCUUGGCCUUGCAGGCUCGCUCCCAAUCCGCUAUCAGUACCCGAGAGUCGUCCGUGAGCGCCUUGAAGCAUUGCUGGGAGAUCCUGAAGUCUGAGAGCAUGAAUUUUGUCACCUUGGUAACGGGUGCCUUUCCGCCAGCCAAGGAUCAAGACACGCUGCUCAAUGAGUUGAGGUCUCAUCGUUUCUUUGAUGUGUUUGAAUACAAUGGACCUCGCCAGCAUUGGGGUUGCUUUUUGUGUAAUCACCCAGAUCGAGCCGAGGACUUUAUUCAGGACACAGCCCCGGUAAUUGAGGGUCAAUUGAAAGAGAAGAAAGGCGGUAAAUGGAAACUGUUCAAGAAAUGGAAGAGCCGAUAUUUCACCUUGUCUGGAGCCAAGCUUAUGUAUAAAGAACAGGGAGGUGACAAUGGAGGUACAAUGCAGACGUUGGAUGUUGGAUCGAUCCGAUCUGUGAAAGUGACCAAAGAAGGCCGUCGAAACAUUCCAAAGGCGUUCGAAAUAUUUACCCACGACAAGACUUUCAUCUUAAAGGCCAAAGACGGUUCGAAUGCCCAAGAAUGGGUCCAAUGUCUAUCGGUGGCCAAAGCCCAUUGUGAGAGCCGCGAUUCAAAUUUGAGAAAAGUGGCGUAUUCCGGAAGUCUUGGCCGACUUAAUCAUCAUCAUGGACGGGUCCCUCUGAUCCAUCAGCGAUCCCUAACCAACGCCAAUAUUGCUCAACGCACAGCUGUUUAGGACGAAUCAGUCCCUAUUGAAUACUGUUAUUUAGUACAAUUACUUCAAGUUUUGUCAGAAAAACUAAAUUUCAUAUCAUGUCA